AUGUACGCCUUUACUAUCCUCGUCCCCUUACUUCUAGCUCUUGACGCCAUGUUCGCCGCCCCCUUUGCGGGAAUCAUCGGCCUUAUCAUGAUCUUUUGUCUCUCCGGCUACGAUAAUAACGGCCCAAUUGCCAAUUCCGCCGCACUUAUAGCGAAUACUAUCGUCGCGACCGGCGUGAAGUAUGCCUUCGGAGGAGGGGUGCUCCGGGAAAUCCACGGCCUCGUGCUCAUGGGCGCGUGCAAGGAUUCUUGGGGGCCCGAGUACCCCAGCGCAAUAACCGUAGCGGUGACGAUGAUCAUGCACAAGUUUCUCACUUGCGACGAAUAUAUGUUUUAUUUCGACUUUGUGAUGAUUGGCUGCUCUAUAAUCCUUCCUCUCCGUCAAAUCGCGACACAGGCUCUUAUCACAGCUUUCGCCCUAGCCUGCCGCCUAUAUUCAUACCUAUAUUGCCUCUUAGUCGGAAUUCCACAAAUUGUCGUGUUCCUUUACAACUCUCCUGUUACUCUUUGGCGUCAACUAUGCCGAACCUUUAGAAAGCCUAAGAUGGUCAACGCUAGCACGCAAACAGACCCUCAAAUCCAACCUCAGCCGACACUUACCCUAUCGGCGGUCAUGACUGUCGCAGAUAUAGCUCCUAUCUCGCCCCCUGAGCCACCUAAGCCUACAGUUUACUCUCACGAAGCUGUUACUGAAAUCUUUCGAAAGGUCAAGCCGAGAAUUACAUUCCUUCGAAGAUCUUCUAUCCUAAGAGAUGACGAUACUACAACAGGUCUUGUAGACGAGAUGGCGCCUGUUCCGGGUCAGACAAUCUCUUCACGUGAAUACCUCCGGAACCUAUGGGCUGCAGCUAAGCAACCUUGUAAGCCUCAGCUGAGUAAGGAGACGCCCAAGACUGAGGAGCCUACCAGCGACCAACCUAGCACUCAACCGGAUCCUGUUGAGCAGCCUUCCAUUGAGCAGCCUGCUAUUAACCAGCGUACUCUCGGUCAGUUUGCCGUUGAGCAAUCUGUCGCCAAUCCGCCUACCCCUGAAGAGUCGAUCUGUGAGGAACCUAUACCAGAGAAAUCCAUUACUCAGGUGCUCACCCCUGAGGGAUCCAUUACAGAGGAACCUAUCCCCGACGAGUCUAUUUUGAAGGGAACGUCUCGUGAGGAGGUGGUCGCAGAAGAGCCUACCGCAGAGGAAGCUAUGUCGAAGGAAGCUAGCCAGAAAGCACCUAUUGCUGAUCAACUUGCUUCCGAAGAAUCCAUUUCCAAUGAGUCUAGCAUCGAAGAUUCUACUCUGUUCGGGGAGCCUACUGCCGAUGACUACACUCUUGAUGAAUCUGCCGGCAAGGAACCCACCACUAACCAACCUAAGUCAGAGGAAACUACCUCGGACGAAGUCAGCCAGGGAAAACCUGUUCCUAAUGAGCUCGCUCCCGAAGAAUCUAUUUCUGACGAAUCUAGCCUGGAGGAUCCCACCCUCUUCGGAGAGCCUACUGCUGACGAGUAUAUUUUUAAUGAGUCGACCUCCGAAGAAUGUAAUGCCGAACAACCUAUCGUUGAGCAAAACAUCCCGAACGAGCCUAUUCCUGAAGCAUCUGCCUCCGAAGAGCCCAUUCCGGACACUUAUGACUCUGAGGGUUCUCUCUUCGGUGAACCUACCGCUGACGAAUAUAUUCUUGACGAGUCUACCUCCGAAGAACCUACCGCUAAGCCACCUAUCCUAGAGGAGACUAUCAUGGAGGCGCCUAUCCCUGAAGAACCUAUUGCUGAGCAAUCUAUCGCUAAGCAGGGUAUUGCUGAGGAAGCUAUCCUAGAAAUGCCUAUUCAGCAAGAAUCUGCCCCCGAAGAGCCCACGUUAGACGACUCUAGCUCUGAGGGUUCUCUCUUUGGUGACCCUGCCCCUGAGGAAUACAUCCUUGGGGUGCCUGCCGCCGAAGAGCCUGUCGCUGAAGGACCAGCCAAAGAGCAAGAUGAGGAUGAGCGUUUUACCUCUGGUCAGUACCCGGUUGAGCCGAUCAGCGAUGAGCAACCCGUUAAAGUCAUUACCGAGGAUACUCCCAUGCAGGGAGCUAGCGCUGAGGAAACCCCCCCGGAGCGGCUCGUUGUUGAAACAUCCGAGGGAAUAAAAGCCAUCGAAGAUUUCAUUUUUGAAAACCUUGGUGUCGGAGAGGUUGGAGACUAUGGAUACUUUGAACUCCCGGAAAAUUGGGAGGAAGAAGGUAAUAAAAUUAUCGAUGAACUAUGGGAAAGCGUGGCGCUCUCGGAUUUUGCACAGCCGAUUGAGGGCAGCCAGUUUAAUGGCGAGCAGGCAGGAAUCCAAGAGCCACAUAGCGGUACCACGAGACAGACUACUGAGAAAGAUGAUCCUUUCGAUGGCGGACAGCCCACUCAAUCUCAUUCUAGGCUAGAAUUCAACUUCGGUAGUGAGCAGCUUCCUGGGCCCCAAGAACAUGGCCCCAAUUUUACCUUUAGGGCCGGGCAAUCAAUGCCCACAAUAGACGAAGAGGAGCUUCCCGAGGCAGAAGAACCUGCCUCUAUGUUCAACUUCAAUUUUGAACGAUUUACACCUACAUCCUCCGACAAUCAAAAGUCCACGGAAGCUGGACAGUCUGCCACCAUCUUUACGUUCGGUGCCGGACAACCUGUUCAACCCGAACAGUCCACCGUUGCCUUUGCUCUUCCAGCAGAGACGUCAAGACAAGCUCCCCAGACAACGCCAUCAUUUAGCUUUGGCAGUGAGCAACCGACGGAGGCAGAGUGGUCUGCUCCCACCUUUACUUCCGGUGCUGAACAGCCGGCUUCCGUUUUCAAUUUCAACGGUGGGCAGAGUCAAGCUGCCGAAGAUCCCCCAGGCCAACAGAAUCAGGAGGGCAAUAUCUGGGAGCCAACGGACGAUGGGGAUCCGGCUCCAAUAGGCGAGGAUGGAGUGUCGUGGCUCGAUCUAGAACGGCAGCUUGAGCUCGAACUAGCAAUGGAGGCAGAAAAUGAAGGAGGGGCAUAUGAAGGGCCCGGUUGGGAUAGGGACGAGUGUCUGAGUUUUGUGAUCAAGAAUAUUGACGCAAUUAGCAGAUGUGACGAGAUCGAGACGAAUGUCGAGGUUGCCGAAGCCAAGAAGAGGUUGAAGGAAGAGCGGCAAAAGGAGAAGAAUGACAGCGACCGCCAAGCACUGAUGAGAUUAAAGAAGCGGCCUUUCAACUCGUUUAUCACUCCGAAGAAGGCGAAUAAAUCGGCGGAUAUUCAGCAGGCUACUGCUAGGAUUUUGGUAAUACGAAGUUAUUCCUAG